AUGUAUAGGAGACAAUUUACUUUUGAAGCAAUUCUUAUUUUCGCAUUUUCCAAUGCUAUGCUUUUUUGUGAAUUAUAUUCUGCUAGAAUGAAACAUAGAAAUAGGAUGCUUAAAGAAAUAAUUAAUUCGAUUAAUAUUGAAUUAGAUCCAACAAUAGUCCCAGAUGGUCAAAUGGUAAUAUAUCAUACAAACAAAAUCAAAUACACUUCAAUAACUGAUUCAAUGUUUGAUGUUUCCAUUAAUUGCGGCAUGAUAAUAAGGAAGGAAAAACACAAAGUCGACGAAGAUGGUUAUGAAAUGAUUUCCAAUGUUGCAUUGUUAACUCAUGACAUUGAAGCAGGAAAUUUCACACUUUCAGGAUUGAAAUAUAUUGGAGGUGUCUAUAAACUCAGUAAAAAUACUAUUUCAAAUCAAUGGAUAGAAUUUUGGAGACCAAAAUACCUGACAGUUAUUGGCCAAAAGCGGGGUGAUAAAAUUAUUCAAUUUACAAAGUCCGGAAUUAGAAUAGGAGCAGCAAUAGAGAGGUAUGCUGAUUCAAAUACAAUACAUUCAAUAUUAAGCGAAAAAGAUGCCAUGACUACUUAUAUUACUUGGGCUUUAAGAAUUAUUUUGUUGAUAGGUAUUCUAAAUGCUAACAUUAAUGGAGGACUCAUAGGAUGUACACCAUACUUUGUAAUACUUGCAGAAGCCGUACUUAUUCAACCAAUUUUUAACGAUGGAUACUUUAUGAGUGACUCAUUAUGGGUUUUGUACUUCUAUUCAACAAUAAUUUCCAUGUCAAGUUUCUUUACUUCACAUCUGUAUCCUCUUAAUGUUGACAAUUGUAAAUCAUUAAUUACCUGCCAUCUUUUAGUUGCUGUUGUAGAAUACAUAUGGUUAGGUAUACAAAUUCUUGGUACGGUUUGUCUCCGGCUAGGUUUAGUUUGA